GUAUGUAGGUCGCACUGCCAACUAUUUAUCCCCCAUCCAUCAUCCCAGACACUGACAUUCCAACCAGAACCAACUACAAACAAACACAACCAAGAAGAGGAUGAGACUCAUCAGAGCACACGAUGGGGUCGCAUUCGAAUUCAGUCAACAGCAUCUCCAGGCCAUCGAUGGUCUCGCGGCCUUCUUCCAGCUUAUCGCAGAGACCAUCCAGAUCGAAGCCAGCCAGAUCAUACUCAUGAACCCACUAGGAUCACAACUCACCCAGAACUUACUCAACUCAAUCAUCCACCAAUCAACUCAAGACCAAUCAUCAUCCAACAGCUCUGAUACCCUACUCUACGCCUUCGACAGACAAUUUCUCUCAGCCGAUCCAUCAGAGGCACUCAACGCACUCGCCUGUCAGCCCGAACAUCUACUCCAACUCAAACCACCACCAUUCGAACCCAACAACACCACCCAUCUAGAUCCAGAAGAGCUCGAGCAACUCACACUCAACUAUCAUCAGGUCGGCGCAAACCAUCUCCGGACUAGCCUGCUCCUGCUCACUCACGUCCGCGCACAAAAAUCCGCACUCGAAGUCGCCCUCAACAACCUCGAUAAGUGUCGAGAACCCCCUCAGGGAGCGCUCGAAGCCUACGAAACCUUCGCUCAACCACUCGUACAAGACUAUGGCCAACUGCUCGAGGCCUUCGGACCCUCCUUUGCUCUCGCUAAGAGGGUCAAGAUCCAUCCCGCACUUCUACCCUCCAACGCCCUCCUCAAAUCUAAUUCGAGUCAGUCAGUCAGCAAUACUGCUACUAAUGCUACUACCACCUCCACCGGGAUGAUGAAAGUGAAAUACAUGGGCGAUUAUGUGAUGGAGGACAAGAUCCUACAGAUAAGGGACAAAUGUCUGAAAGUCUACGAGGAUUUUCGGAAUAGAUUUGAGAUGAUCCGUGCUCGGUCGACGGAGGUAAACGAGGGGGCAACCAAACUGAGAGAAGAACUGAACGGGGGAGAUUGUGAUCUGGAUGAUCUAUACGAAUUGGAGAAGGAUGCCGAUGAUGGCUUUCGGAGGAUCGAGGACCUGACGGCUCAGAUCGCACAACUUGCUAGAGACGUCGAUCCGAUCGACGGCUUAAUCGACUGUUUUAAUGAGCUAAUUGUUCUUGAUGAAGAUUCAAGAGAGCGGAUAGCUUGUUUGAUUGAACGCAAGAACUUUUGGCUUCACUACCUCGUCGAUGGCUUGAAUCAGAUCUCUCGACUACAGAGUAUCAUCCCAAGUAUCGGUGUCGAACUUCAAGCUCUGAAUAGCGAUCUGAAAACUCGUACAGAUCCGUUUCGUUAUCUGGCUCGGCUUAAAGAUUUCGUCACGGCUUAUGCCUCGACAGUAGUAGAGGUGGUACGGCGACGCGAAUAUGCUCGCCAUCUGGCAGAUUACGCCUCGGCCCUCAAUAACCUAGUCUCUAAACUUGCGAAUGAUGAACGUAGACGGAGAGGAGUCUAUCGCACCGAAUAUGCAGGAAAAUUGCCCUUUGCGGUUGAGGGACUUGAUGACAAGAGUGUGCCGACGAUCGAAUUCGAGAUCCGAUACAUCGGUGGAGGUGGGGCGAUCGUGCCUAAAUCAAAGGACACCAGCAGCAAGGCCACGCCAAUUACAGGGGCCGACUUACCCCCUCUGACAAGAGCGGAUGUAGACGAGCUGGUCGCUGGACUACAAAACAUCGAGGAUUCAUCUGAUAACUCUUCAACAGAUAAUUACUCGCCCAAAGUCCCUGCCCGAGAGGUUCGGCUGUUGGUUGAGAAGCAAUUCAGCCGACUCGAAGCCAUGGAAAAUGCCUUUGCAGCCGCUGUCGAAAAAUUUGUGAUGUCAGAGAGUGAAUCAUGCAUAGCUGGCCAACCUGUUGACGCAGAAGAAGUAUCACAAUUGAAGGCUCGUGUAGCUGAGCUGGAAGCCACCCAAGCAAACCUGACAGAACGACUUCGAGCCGAAAGCACCGCAGCUAUCACCGCCUCCCGGAAAGCCCAACAAGAGACUCAGAUACACAUUCGAAAAACUGAAGACCUCAAAUUGCAGUUGUUGAGCGUCAAGGAAGAGGCCCGUCACGAGAAGGAAAGACUCACCCAGGAUCAACAACCAUUGAUCACGGAGCUUGCCAAUGCCAGCGAGACAAUUGAAAGAUUGAACGAGCGGAUCGGUCAACUGGAAGACGAACUGAAAUCUCGAACUAAAUCAUUACAAGACACAGAAAGGCAGGUGACUUCGGCAAGGGCGACGGCGGAUGAUGCAACUCGAGAGCUACAUGAUCUCGAGGCUCGUCAUCGAGACCACGUCUCGGACCAUGAGAUUGUAUUGAACCGACUCCAGCAAUCACGUGAUCGGUGUACUGAGUUGGAAAGGGGGCUUGCUGAUUGUCAGAGUCGUAAUCAAACACUGUCUAGUCAAGUUGAAGAUCAAACUAAACUGAUGGCGAGUCGCGCAUCUGAAGCAGAAGAACUGAGGGAACGCAUGGAAAAAGAGAUUUCAGAGCUCAAAGCGCGACUGGAAGACGAAAAACAACAAAACUGUAAUCUGCAAAACAAGGUUACCCAGCAGGAAAUCGAAAUAGGUCACAUCACUCAACAGUCUAAAUUACUUGCCGAAGCUCAUACGGCCGCUGAAUCUCGGUGGAAGGACGAGACUAUGACAGCGACUUCGUGCUUGGAGAAUCAUUGUCGCAACGCUGUCCAGGCCUUGAAAAGCUAUCAGAAGGUCCAUCGGACCGUCAAGAAUAAGAUCAUCAACAUGCCCCGGCCAGGCUCUAGCCAAAAGUCUGCCGUGACGCCCGGUGCAAGUAAUGCAUCACACCCAACCGGAGAAGCUACGGGUUCAGAUAGCCCAGCCGGCGUUGACCCAGGCUCGAAUUGUGUCAGAGAAGAAGAAGAAGAGUUACCAUCACCUUUGUCUCCCGAGUUCGAGGCCCUCCUCCAAAGCCUGUUGCAAUUCGAUCAUGAAUCGAUGGUCGACCUGGUUCACCAGAAGCUCGAUCAACUGUCAGGCUCGAUUCGUAAAUGGAUGAAAGAUUGCAAAGGCUAUCGAGAACGGGCCAAUCGGUCCCAGGAGCAAGCUCAAGUCAAGAUUACAUUCAGAGACUUUGCAAAGGGUGACUUGGCCUUAUUCUUACCCACCCGAAAUCCCUCGGCUCAAGUCUGGGCAGCUUUUAAUGUCAGCUUUCCACAUUACUUUCUACAAGCAAAUGAAACGGUGGCCCCUAUUAUCAAAUCUCGUGAGUGGUUGGUAGCUAGAAUCGUUUCGCUCACUGAAAAGAUGGUCGAUCCCAAGGAGCCAGAAACAAAUCCAUACCAGCUUCCAGCCGGGACACGAUAUUUCCUGUUGGAAGUUGAGCCCUGGAGUGUUGAGAAAACUUCACGGAAAAUGGCACAAUCGAUGAUCGGGGGCGAUAGUCCUGCCCGGCCCAAGAUGCAGAACCAGAUGAGAUCGACGACCCUACCUUCACAGACUGCACCUCAAGCCGCCAGCUCCGCACUCUCAAAAAGACGAAGUUUUGUUGCCGAGGCAGAUAAUACCCCUCAACCCAUCACAUCCUCUGCUCGAGUUGAAGAGGGCCAUAGUGGAGCAUCAGAGAUAACUAAGCCUUCAUCAGAUCCUCUUGAUUCGACUUCGAAUACCCAAGCCAGUUCUAACGUCGAUCUUACCCAAUCGGAAUACACCGUCAUCGAUCGUGCCUCUUCUCCUGGGGCAACUGAACCCUCUUCCGACUCGCCCUUCCGGACUAGUCUGAGUUCAUCGAUCAUCCCGACUAGAAGUAGCCUUUCCGGGCUCACACUCAGUCUGAAGACGUACCAGAAGUCGCCACUUGGCGCGGUGCCCGCAUCGAGUCAUUCACCACUACGGCCGCUCACCGAGACUGACAACGCAUCGAUCGAGGGCGCGCCAGAAUUCAAGCCUUCGGAAUCUGCUCGACCGGCUUUCCUGGCCAGUCUCUCCCAUGCCAGCCCCUCAUCAUCCUCCUCAGCCCCGCGUAAAAUGCCAGGCGCUUUCCAACCCCCGUCGAAGCCCCGCUUAAGGCCGGUCCCCAAGGCGCACAACGCCUCCCGUUCCUCCAGUCGCGCGCCCUCGAUCGCCUCCUCUGUAAAUCUUAAUCCGGCCGUCAAGGCCUUACUGAUGUCUGGCUCGCCAUCCAGUAAGGGCCCAUCCACCGUGUCGACUACGUUCACCUCGAUGGAGAAGGACCCCACCUCGAUUCAUCCUUCUCGCUCGCCCAGUGGGGGUAGCGAACAACAGGUGACCGGACUGGCGCAGAUCAUCAAGCCUCGCUCCGGGGGGUCGCCCGGGGGAAUGAGCAUGUUUGAGAUCGCGAGGCGUCGACUGAGUUUCUCGAGUCCGACCAACAACUAUCCUAUCUCUUCCAUCCAUCAUUCUGCCGGUGGUGGUCCAUCAGGAUCAGCGGGUGCAAGUGGAAGCCAGAACAGCGUCGGCAGCUCCUCCGGAUCGGCGCUCAUUAUAGGCCAUCCCCCUCACACACCCAUCAAUAGGCUCGAGGCACAGACUAUCCCUGAGCCCUCUCGAUCCUCACCCGUCACCCAUAACCACCACCAACAUCACAAUCAACAAUCCGUCAUCCUGGCUAGUCCUUCAUCCGUUGGAGCCACCGCGACUGGGGGAUUGACUGGGUCGGGAUUCUUCUCGGCUUGGAGACGUAGGAAAGAGUCACUUAGCAAUCCUCCGUCCAUCCCUUCCUCUUCCUCUCUUCCCCCUCCUCCUCAUCCGCCUCCUUCUUCUUCUCAUGCCAACACGCUUCCGUCUGUUCAGUCCCCCUCUUCUUCCUCCUCUGUCGCCGCGUCGGACUUGCUGAAACGACUCAGUGGCGCCGUUCAUCCUCCAAACAGUUAACAUCCCCUCUCAACCGCUUUUUUCUUGGGAGGGGGAAUGGCAGGUGACUAGGCCUUCAUUUCUUUCCUUUUUCUCUAGACCCCCUGGGACAUAUGAUCAGUCUUGUAUUUAUCCUUAUCUUAUCUGUCUCUUUUUUUUGUGUGUUUUAUGUGUUUAUUUAUGUGUGUGGAUGGCCAAGUAAUUAUAUAAAUAUGACUUUUUUCUUUUUUUUAUUUAUAUACUAGGGGUUUUUGUUUUUCUCUUCGUUCACACACAUAUUUUCAAACCUUUAUUUUUAAUCAUUCUUAUGUGUUCAAAAAAAAAGAAAAAUGAACAUCUAAAACUGUUGUGAUUAUAUAUUAUUAGGUGUAGAUCCAUACAUGUUUGUUGAAUGAUAUGAUGUAAUUUAAGUUGUUUGUUGUGUUGAUUGUUCUACAUAGUAUAAUUG